CAUCCAUCUGACGUCUUUGCUAUAUCCAUCCAGACAUUCCGGAGGAUCAAGACCGGUCUUCUUCCUGUUUUUUUAAAAGUUCGUUCAGAAGAUUGAGUAGUCGAGAUGUCUUCCGUUCACAACCAGGGCCAACAGCCACAGGUGGUUUCGAGUGAUGGAAACCACAAUCAGCAGUUCCAAUCGACUUAUCGCCAGGAUGUUCAGCCUGCUAUCACUUAUGGUACCGGCCAAGGCUAUGCUCAGGUGUCAAUGAACAAUGGCCGUGAUACCAAUAUCCCAGGUUUGACUCACCUACUUGGAGGCUUGAACCUCCCGAAUCAGCGCCCCGGCGCCAAGUAUGGUGCUGUCAAGGGCAGCAUGCCAGGACCUAUGGGACCUAAUAUUGAAAUCAAUGGAGUCCAACGUCCUCCUUACAAUGGACAACUCAUGCUUGUUCCAGGUGGCCCUAUGUACGGUGGCAUGCCGCAGGGACCCCCCUACACUCAGGCCCAGUAUCCUGGCCAUGACCAGAUGAGUCCAAUGCACUAUAUGCCCACUGGAGUCUAUCCAGGCUAUGUGGCUGGUGCGCCCAUGAUCCCAGGCCCUAUUCAGCACAACGCCUGGACUCCCCCCGAGGAGAAUGGUCCAGCUACUCCCAUGGUCGAUGCUAGUGGUCACAUGGAGUAUUAUCCUAUGGAUCGUUCCACUUAUAUGGGAUACGCUUAUCAUACACCUCCUCCCCAGGUGCCACAGCCGUAUCUUCCUUACCAAAUGAUGAAGAGUCCCAGUGGCUACGUGCUUCAGGACCUUGACGCUCUGACUCAACAGGAUCCGCCAAUUCCGCGCGCGGUCCCUGCAAUGUGGACUAAUCCUUCCGACCUUACCCUUGCAAAGUGUCUAGAGAACCGCGAAGGUAUCACUAAUGUGUACAUCCGUGGUUUCCUUCCGGAAACGACUGAUGAGAUUCUGCAUGCUUAUGCCUCUCGCUUCGGAAAAAUCGAUCGUUGCAAGGCCAUAGUUGACCUGGAGACAGGUCUUUGCAAGGGGUUUGGCUUUGUCCAGUUUUUCAAUUUCGACUCCUGCGAAAACUGUAUUCGCGGCUUCUUCCAUCUCGGAUACCAAGCUAGCUUUGCUCAGAAAUCUCGCAACUCGCGCCUCAAGGAUCUGGAGGACAAAUCUUCCGCAAACAUCUAUUGUACCAAUGUCCCCAUAGACUGGACCGAGGCCGAUCUUCGUCGUCAUUUCCAGCCGUACCAUGUUAUCUCCGAGAAGAUCAGUCGUGAUGAGAAGACUGGUGUGAGUAAGGAAGUGGGAUUCGCUCGGUAAGGAAACUCCAUCCGUUAAUGCGAUGCACAUCUGACGUGACUUAUCUUCUGCCCAGAUUCGAGUCCCGUGAGAUCGCAGAGAAGGUCUUAGCUGAAUUCCACAACGUGACUGGCAAGGACGGUGUAAAGCUGCUCCUUCGUUUCGCAGACACGAAAGCCCAAAAGCUUCUUAAGCAGCAGAGCAAUGAGCGCCGUGCCUACCGUGCGGGUGAAUAUAACUACUCUGUCGAGGU